AUGUCUUACACGCACACCGAUGCGCAUGGCUGUAUGCGUCCUCCGAAUCUCCUCUUUCCUCACCUGUGGGUAAAUCCUUCUCCUCUUAGAGUCGAGAUAAACCUUUCGGCUACUCCUCUACCAGGACUCAUACAUAUACCUGAGAAAAAAUCGCAAGAGAGCGACGAAUCCAAAUCCAAGCUCGAUGUGAUAGGAGCAAUGAGGCGCAAGGAGCUGGAGGGGGAGGAGGAUUCCGUGAUUUAUGACUGCGUUGUGUGUGGUGACAAAAGUUCUGGGAAACACUAUGGUCAGUUUACUUGUGAGGGCUGUAAGAGCUUCUUUAAGCGCUCCGUGAGGCGCCAAUUAACUUAUACAUGCAGAGGAGCUCGUCAGUGCCUUAUUGACCUGCAUCAUCGGAAUCAGUGUCAGUAUUGCCGCUUUCAAAAGUGUCUGAGAAUGGGAAUGCAUAAAGAAGCGGUUCAACAGGGCCGUUUGUCCGCAGCGGGUCAUCCUUACUUCCGUGCCUUUGACCGCCGGAGUGGAGGGAGUUCUCCAGCAUCAGACUUUGGAGCACCAUCGAUGGACUCAACUCAGACUUAUUCUGUAUUCCAAAUGGUUGCUGCCUUACUAAACGCCGACCAGACCUUUGAUUAUCCGCUCACCAAUACUGCAACUCUAACUACGCAUUACGUGAGGUGGGCGAAACAGUUGCCAUUCUUCGAUACUAUUCACAAGGUCGACCAGAUGGCACUAUUGAACAGUGCACUGUGUGAUGUUAUCCUAUUAACAAUAUCUCAGCGUUGGAAUUAUGGAAUCGAUCUUUUGGGACUUCAUCAGUCCACCAAUGAGAACAAAGAAAAGAAGUACGACUUGGGGCGACUCCAUGGUAUUGUUAACCAAGUUGCUGCACUACAUCUCACCUUCGUUGAAUCCGCCUGCUUUAAGGCAAUGCUGCUCUUUAACGUGGGCAAUGUACUCGAUAUGUUAUGCCGUGUUCUCAAUAUAAUCUUAGAUUUAGAUAAGCUGGUGGAUCCUACUCCAAUCAGAUAUGCGCAAAUAGAGGUACAGACUGCUUUAGAGGAAUAUCUGCACUAUACCAUGUCUGCCAGCCAACCUAGCCGACUGGGGUUCAUUCUUCUACGUUGGAUCGGUCUAAGGACAACGAGCUUUAGAGCACUUCUCGUGAAGGCCUUGUCCCCAAAGGACUACUCUGUAGAGUUGGAGCUACACAGAGCACUCACGUCGCAAGCGGAUUUCACCACUAUGGGCCAUCAUAUCGUGAACGUUCCUGCCUCCUCGAUCUCCUUACGAUCAAGCAAAAGUUAUUGUAAUCAUCCACUGCCCCAAUUUCACUCAGAUCGGCUAAACAUGAUUUCAGUCGAUAACUCCACCAAAUUGAAUUAUGUUUGGAGGUAUCCGCAGGAGGAUCAGUCCUCCGGUAUGAAUCACCACUUUACCUUUCAAUCCCUUUGCCGAUCUCUCCGAGACCGGUUUGUGAAUGGAACUCCUGUUUCGGAAAUCUAG